UACAAAAACACCAAUACAUACCAAAAAUAAUAUAAAACAAUUUCUUAACCCACCACUACCACUACUAUUCGGAUUGCAUUUACCCCAUUUCAUGAGGGGCGUGUCCCUCUUUUUAUUUCUCUAUCUGUCUGUAAGACUGUAACUACCCACCAACUCUUAUAUAACUUCCCCUCAACUUCCCUCCUUUCACCAUCUUCCAAGUUUUUCUUAAUUUCGUUUUCUCAAACCGCUCAUCUCUCAGUCGAUCGAGUACCCUAUUAUUGAAACAACUGUGUACAUUUUUUAGACUGACUAGUGACCAUAGCUUCUUUUUUAUUAUUCAAAACAUGGUUUGCAUGGAAAGUUUGCUUUGCGAUGAGGUAUGCCCUUCAAGCCCUGCAGUGACUACUGAACCUAUCCCUGGCAUUAACUUUGGUUCAAAAAGUUACUGUAGAUCAAUAUCAAUGUAUACAACUAAGGAAGAGUAUGAGCAGGCUCUGACCACAUGCAUGGAAAAGGAGAAGAGCUAUAUGCCUGAACCUAAUUACCUCGAUAACCUGUGUUCGAAUAAUUUGGUUAUUGCUAGGUUAAAAAGCAUUCAAUGGUUCAUCAAGUCUUCAAGUCGGUUGAACCUCUCCCCUGGAACUGUUUUUUAUGCUGCAAAUUACCUUGAUCGGUUCAUAUCCACGAACCAUUGCAAUGGAUGGAAAUAUUGGAUGGUGGAAUUGGUGUCUAUUGCCUGCUUAUCUAUUGCCUCCAAGUUCAGUGAUACCUACAAUCCUUCCCUGCUUGAAAUUCAGAUGGAAGAUCUGGAACAUUUAUUUGAGCCAAGCACAAUCCAACGAGUGGAAAUGAUGGUGCUAAAUGCAUUAGGAUGGCGCCUUGCUUCUACAACGGCUUACUCUUACCUAGAACUGUUCUCAUGGUUUCUGGACUCAUUGAAGCCCCAACUUCAUGAAGAGAUCAUUGCCCUACUCAACAAUUUGCUUCUUCGAGCUAUUUCGGGUAUGUUUUUUCGAACUUAAUUAUUCGAUGUAUGUAUCCGGUAUAUCCAUUAUUAACUCUAAAUUUCCUUUUUCCCAAGUGUU